CAUGGCAUCUCCACACACGGCUGGCUGCGUGGCGUUGAUCAUAUCAGCGCUGAAGCUCAAGUCCAUUCCAUAUUCUCCGUACUCCGUCCGUCGUUCAAUACAAAACACUUCCCUCAAUCUUGAUGUGGAUGUUUUUGCCCAGGGCCACGGCUUGAUCCAGGUAGACCGAGCUGUGGAACACUUGCUGGAGCACUCCAAUGGUGUGGAGGACAAGGUACGCUUCACAGUGGAGUGCGGCAGCGACAGGAGGAAGGGCAUACAUAUACGCAACUGGAAGGCAGACAAGCCAAUAGAUAUGUCAAUCAUGGUCGAACCUGUUAUGUUAAAUGAAACCCAGGCUGAUCCUAAUGAGAAGUUGGCAUUUUGUAUGGAGUUGGUGAUGACUUGCGACGCUCCCUGGGUCAAGGCACCGACCUGCUUACAGAUGUCAUACACUGUGAGAUCCUUCCAGUUGAGCAUAGACCCUCGUGGGUUGGAGCGCGGCCGUGUGUACUUCACCUCAUUGAAGGCCUAUAACUCCAGUAAUGUAAAGAAAGGCAUCAUGUUUGAGGUGCCUAUCACCAUUGUGGUACCUACUGUAGAUUUCCUCCACGGUUAUCUUUAUUCCUGUCCGGCUGAAGUGUUUCGUGCGGGUUUCGUUCGGCGGCACUUCCUGUAUGUGCCGAUUGAGUCAACGUGGGUGAACGUGACACUCAAGGCCUCGCACUCGGACAAGUGUCAGAGGUUCACCCUCCACGCUGUCCAACUCAAACCAAAGUGUAGCGUCAAAACUCUAGAAUAUUAUAAGGUCAUUAAUCUAGGCUGUAACGAAGUUAGUACACAAAUAUUUGGUGUGCGAGGUGGCUACACCAUGGAACUCUGUCUGGCCCGCUGGUGGUCAAGUCUGGUGGACGGACAAGUUGAAGUUACUGUUGAGUUCCAUAGUCUUCGACCAUCGCAAGAAGAGGUGACGUUAUUCAGCAGUGACGGGGUACAGAGGGUGGACGUACGGGCUGGCCUGCGUCCCGAGGAGAUGUCUGCACAGGCAACGCUCAAGCACCACACCCAGGUGUUGACACCAGCGGAAAGUAAAGUUGAAGUGUUGGGCGGACCACGGGACACAAUACCUGGGUGUCGACCCAUAUACCAGCUAGUGUUGUCCUACAAUCUCUCCGUGUCCAAAUCAGCUGAGGUGACUCCCAAGUGUGCUUUACUGAGUGAUGUCUUGUAUGAGUCUGCAUAUGAGUCGCAGUUGUGGAUGUUGUUCGAUCACAACAAACAGCUCCUGGGCUCUGGCGAUGCAUACAGUAACAAGUAUUCCAUUAAAUUGGAGAAGGGGGAUUACACCAUCCGACUGCACGUCCGCCACGAACGACCGGACCUACUGGAGAAGCUCUCCGACCUUCCUCUCACGGUGCUCACCAAGCUGGCUCAAGAGGUCAAAUUAGAUGUGUAUUCGUCUUUAAACGCGGCGGUGACAGCCGGCAAGAAGGCUCAGCCUGUCACCCUGAAAGCUGGCACCAGUCAGCCUGUCUACCUCUCAGCCCCCAGUUUGUCUGAUAAGAAUCUGAAGAGCCUAGGGCUAACACCUGGUCAGGCUUUAUUAGGUAGCCUGUCGUUUGCUAAGGAUGAGCAAGUUCGGAAAGCUGUAAGUAGCCACAAGUUUGGGCUCAUACGUACUAUGCCGGACCAGUAUCCCCUACGUGUGGUGGUUACUGAACUACCUUGCAAAAAACGCAGCACCGGUAGCAGCAACAGCAACUCUGAGGAGAAGAAAGAAGCUAAAACCCUGGCAGACUAUCAAGAAGCCUUAAGGGACCUACAAACUGCUUGGAUAGCCAAACUAGAUUGUGAGGCUGGAGAGGAGAUAUACAAGGAUGUGAUGACUGCUCACCCGGACCACCUGGCUGCCCAGUUGGCACGUCUGCAAGCCUUGGAUGCUGUUGGAGCCCAGAACAGAACAGCUGUGAUAGCGCAGGCCUCGCGCAUUGUAGCAGCGGUUGAUACGGCGCCCCUACUGGCUUUCUAUGGUACCAAGACCGACACACGCACAGAUGCAGCCAAGAUCAAAACGCAGAUGGACAAGCAGCGAAAUACCCUGCUGGAAGCUCUGUCCCGCCAGGGGUCAGCGCUGUGUGCCGAUAUUCUGGCUCUGCCUGCCGCUGAGCGCACCCAGGAAGCAAUAGACCAGGUCGAUGCCAUCGCUGUUGACGCAAUGAAAUUUGUGGAGCCAUCGGACUCAAAGGUAAAUGGGUUCUUUGCAAGUUACUACCAAGUCCGAGGGCUCGAUGGCUUGGCGGCACGAAUAAUUGCCCGCCAGUGUGAAGAGAAAUGGACCCGAGAGAACGAAGCCAAGCUAACCGAAGCAUAUAAUCGACUGGGCUGGAGCCAUAUUUCCACACUUAUCACUAGUACUCACCCAUUACGGUUCCCCAACACUUAUACACCUUUCUGAGUGCGUUAAUUAAAAUCUCGGAGAGUAUCUUCAGUCACUUUUGAUUACUAUGCUGCCGUAAUUUUAAUAUUCGAGAGCUUUUGCACUUUUGUUAUAUUUCGUCCACUGAUCUUAAAUUUAUGAUGGACAUUCACCAGCAAUUGUGUUUGGAAUAUUGACAUUAUAACCCACAGACUCGACCAGUACAAAGAUCGUAAUCAAGUUGCCAGUUGUGAGUGUGUAGUGUGGGGGCAGGAACUGAUAACCAGCCAUUGUUUAGUACCUCAGAUCAGUACCUCAGAUCAGCACCUCAGAUCAGUAUCUCAGAUCAGCACCUCGGGUCUACACCUCAGCUCAACACCGCAGGUCAAUGCCUGAGAUCAGCAAGUCAGAUCAACACCGCAGAUCAAUGCUCAGAUCAACAGGAGGAUUUUAGAUACUGCAUGUACAUAAGUGAUCAUUCUACUCUGAUCCACGGAUGAGUUGUCGUCCAGUGUGUAUUCAGUACCAGCAGGCCACUGACAGGAACACCCUGUUAGAUAAUGUGAUAUUGUGGCAAU